AGUAGAAUACGCUCUUAUGAAAAAGUGGACAUUAUUCACCGUCGUUGAAUUUACGUAAAGAUCAGCGCAAUUAUCUGUACAUGCUGUCAACGGCUAUUAUCAGCAGCACACCUUUGAAGAAGUCAACAUUCAAUAUUUUUCAUAGCCAGAAAAUUGUUUUCCAAAAACUAAUAAUUUAUUAAUUAUUGAAUUAAUUUAUCAAUUAAAAUAUGUCGGGCCAUUUUCAACCGCUUAGAUCCUCUCGCGUUUUGCGUAAAAUCAAGGAGAUCAGCCAACCCACCGGAGAACCAGUCAUAAUAAACCGAAAUCCAAGAAAUCUGGAGAGAUUGCGUAUUGCACAUAAACCCAACGGUUAUUUUUUGGAAAAACCUGGACGUUCGUUUUGGCAUAAGUUGGAGUUGACUGUAAGCGGACGUUACGUAACUGCAGAAGUCAGACAUUUUCAGAAUGGUCCUAUUGUCGGUGCGAGCACCUCGGAAUGGGCAAUAAAAAAGCAUCUCUACAAAACCACAGAUACUCCUGCUUUUGUGAAUCUUGCUCGAGUGCUGGCAAUGAGAUGCCUUCAGUCAGGCAUUACUGAAAUGGCUUGCAAUAUUGACGCCGUUGCCGGAGGUAAAGUUGAAAAGUUUCUGAAAACAUUGGAAGAAAAUGGAGUUAAGUUGCAAGAACCUGAACGAUACGUUGCGCCAUUGCCUUGGGAUGCUGUGCGGCAUGAAAAGCCAUGGGAUGUAUUAGAAGAUCACCUACAACCGGCACAACAGGCAAAGACAGAGGAAACACCUAAGAAAUAAACAUUUUUUUUCGUUUUUGUUUAGUAAUAAAUGUUACAUUUAUUCUAA